ACAUCUCAAUCUUGAGUCGGACUUCGCUGCGAGUGGUUGUGUGUGAGUGCGCGUGCGUGCAUUGACAGUACAGUGAAUGGUGAAUAGUGUCACAUGAUAACGCGGCGCAUAGGAAUCCGGAGUACCGCCCUGGAGAUUUGAAAUGACUACUUUACUUAUUGUAUUACAUUGAGGUGAUGUUUCCUCUGGCGCUGGUGGCUGCCUUGCUGUGGACUGGCGGAGACACCUUCUCCCACUCCCGCUCGCACACCGUGUCUUGCGAGGAGGCGCGCCUCAAGUGCGCUUACCGCACGGGCUGCGGCAUGGCGCUCCAGAACUAUAUAGUGGGCUGCUCCACUGUCCUGCGGGACAGCGCUGGAGCUUGUCCAGAGAGUUGUCAGCACGCGCUCAUCGCUCUCACUUCUACCGACGAGGGCAAGGACCUCAUGACGUGUGAGUGCACGGACGAGAUGUGUCGGGAGACAAAGGAGCGGGUGGAGGUCUGCAGGCCACAGGUGACCCGAGCCACCCACAAUGAGUCCAUCGUCUCCUGUCGUGUGGCGGAGUGGAUCUGUUCGGCAGACGGAGUGUGUUCGACAGCGCUCGAUUACUACCACCACUACUGCCGUUCAAUGUUCCAAGGGCGCAAGUGUUCCAACCGUUGCAAGAACAGCAUAUCCAUCCUACGUCGUCAGGAGAAGGCGGCCAAGCUGACCACCUGUGUGUGUGAUGGUAGAGAAGGCUACGACUGUGUCCAGAUCAGAACCAACAUGGCGCGACUCUGCUAUCACAGGGAGCCCGAACCUUUUGGUACCGUCCCACCGAUGGUGGAUACCCCUAGCAACCCUCGGGAACCUAGUGGAGCAUCCCUACCAAGGGCCGUUCUCUUGCUGGUCUUGUCCUGUUUGCUUGCGACAUGACACAGGCUGUGGCAUCAGCGAAAUGAGAACAAAACAGAACCAAUGUGAAAUCUACCUCAGUGGCAGCAAGGUCCUCAGCACAGUGCAGUACCACAGUUACCACACCAGCCUAGUUCCUCCCACCACUCUGUUCCUCACUUUGAUUUUAACAGGCUUUAACUACAAAUAUUUAUUGUUUCGCAUCAAACUAUUGUAUAUGCAUGUAACAUUUUGUAUAAAUUGUAAAUAUGUUGUGAAUAUUCUCGUUGUAUACUUUUGUACAUUUUCUACACUGCAAACGAUUGUACAUGAUAGACAUUGGUUAAGUCUUACUGUGUCAGUGGAUCGUCAGUAAAUAUUGUAAAAAACAAAGCGCCAAAGAAUAGAACAGUUUAUCUUUGUAAAAGUUAAUUAUUUAUUUUUGUUAUAUAGUUCUCUAAGUUUGCGACUUUUUUACACAAAAGUUAAUACCUUUUUACAAAUUGUAACCUGUAUUAGAUAACUUAUUUUGCCAAGAUGAUGGAGUCAGGUUUACAAAAAUGUUUGAUUAUAAAAGUAUCAAAUACUUUAAAAUCAACUUCAAAAUUUUGAUUGAUCACUAUAUUUAAUUAUUAUUUAAAAGAGUAAAAUAUGAAAAUUAAUAAAAAUAUAAUUAAAUAUAAUUUCUAUGUUAUUAUCCAAUAUUUUUAUUUAUUAAAUUUUGGUAUUUUACAUGUUUUAAUUAGUAGCAUAAAGUAUUAUUUUCUAUACAAAUGAUAUUAUUAGUAGUACAAUGUUAGUUCCUUAGAAUAUUUUAAGAUGACUAUGGUAUAAAUAACAUUGACGAAACAGCUUUAUGAAUUAUGUAUUGUUUAUUAAAAUAAAUAACAUAAUUGAAUAAAUUAAUAAAUCACUGUUAUGUUUGCAUUGAUAAAGAGUGUUGUUUUACAAUAUUUUAUAAUAUUUUAGUCUAUCAUCAAGUUCUUUAAAGAUACUCUGUAAUUUAAAUUAAUUCAACCACAGUAAAUUGUUUUUAAUUUUGUAAUGUUUUGAUCACUUUUAAAGUAUUUAUAUAAACAAAAUAUAGUUAAAACUAAAUUUAAUAUUUCAGUUGUGACCUAUUAUUGGAUAUAUGAAAUGAAUUUGCUAAUUUCAAUUAAUCUUGUGUUGCUCAAUGUAAAUAAAAGUAAACUUCUUCAUGGAAAAGCCAGGUACUUUAUGUAAUAGUUUAUUUAUUGUAUGUUUUAUUUUGUUGAUUUGUUAUAAUCGAAUAUAGUUAUAAACAAAAUUCACUCUGAAAAUAUGUUGUUUAUUUAUUAAAAUUGUUAUUCAUAACGUAUAUGAUAUGAAUGUGGAUAGAUGUAGAGUGAAGGAAAUGUAACACUAGAUGUGUGAUCCGUAUUGGAAUUUUAUACAAGGACAUAAAUAAUUGGAACAAGAGUCUAUAAUAAACGUGUUUUGUACAAAA